AUGUCGCUGCAACACGCGAGAGAUGGAGCUUCGGUGGAUGGGCCUGAUGAUGCGGGCCCGUCCAAGGCCCGGAAGGCAUGCGAAAAUGAAAUGCAGACUCGACAACGGGUCGACGUGUCGAAGAUGUCUACGCGCCGGUGUUCCAUGCGUGUUUGUACCCAGAGCCAAUGUAUGUGUUCUCGUUCCCGGUCUUUUCUGAUCAUUUCUGACGCGGCAUUUGCUCAGUCCGCGUCCCAUCGUGAGAGCCUGUCAUUGGCUUCAAUUCUCCACAGUAAUGAGCAAAGUUCUUCUUUCAAUAAAUCUGUACUGUUGAGAUUGAAGCGUCUUGAGGAACACUGCGGGCUGUCUGGUCUUGGCAGUCUUGAAGAGGUCGAGUCGCCAGCUUCGCCAAAUUUGCCAGAUGUUGAGCUCGAAAGUCCCGGGGAUGCGGGGCUCAGCGCUCUAUGGAAUGCUGUUGCUGUCCUUCGAAGGACAUGCCCCUCCAAAGUCAGCUCCAACAUAUGGGAGAAACAUAUGAUCAAGAGGCUCUGGCUUUCAUUCCAUGAGAGCAUGCCCGGGCUGCACUUUCUUCCGAGCAAACAGACAUUCUCAUCACCCAGGCCACUCAUGCUGGCAUCAAUGCUUUACUGUUCAAGCAUACGGGGUUCGCCAGAUGUUGCCGUGCUAGCACCCGAAUACUUCACCGUUUUGUGCAGCGCCAUCUCACAACUCUGCAUUCCUGAUAGCGAGAUCGGCCAACCACCAGACGACCCCGCAUCAGCGGAGGAAUGGGCUUUUCAGACUGUUCUUGGUAUCAUACUGGCCGGUCUCCUUCGGGAAGCCGUAGUCAAGGAGACGGGCCUCUGGAUCUCAGUGGCCUAUCGAUUGAUACUGGAACACUGCCCCUCUAACGUCGACGAGAGAUCCCGUGAAUGGCGACGUCUGUUCUCUGGUCUGCAGAUCGUGGAUCUCGAGCACGCCUCGAUCCACCUCUCGUGCCCUGUAAUCCCCAUCGAGGCGCCGCUACCUCGGCUCAAGAUCGCCAUGCAAGAUCAGCUGUACCGGCUAUCUAGGAUGAUGCAUACCGGAUUGACGCACUUCACUGGGCGGGGCUUACCGACUAUCUGGUCUUGCUUUGCGGGCGAGCCUAGCGCAACGCCUGAUGCGACUGUCUCGUUCAGCGGUGUCGAUGGGGCAGUGAUCCGCGAUUGGGCACGUCAGCUGGAUGACUGGCUUGUGGAGUUCAGCGAUAGGGAAUUCGAGUCGGAGCAUGAGAAGAAGCUCGUGUUCAGACAGUACAUCCUCCAUCGUCUGCUGGUGUUGUCCAUCUAUCACCCUGCGAGGGGGUGCAACUUGUUUUCCAACACGACACCGAAAGAACAACAUGAGCUUCUGGUCUCGGCACGAGCGGCCGUGAAGCUACAAAUUCUUGAUUCGGCUAUUUGGUCUAAUUGGGACUUAGUAAUGAUCACUUGGGCAUGCCUUAUCGUGCUCCAGGGUGUGGAUGGGGGUGUAGGAGAACCCGAUGAUCUGGAAAACGUUGGGGUUCAUCUACAGAAGUUGAAAGAAAUUCACGAGCCAAAACCAAGUCUCAGAGGCAUCUUAGCCACGAGGCUUGAAGAAAAGCUUCAAGGGCUGCACACCCCUGCUUCGGGUGACGCAGAGAUGUUCGAGCAGGAAAUACAGAACCUGGACAACUCUUGGUACAUCUUCGAUCAAGCAAGUCUGCAGGCAGGUUACGAAUUAUGGUCAUACGAAAACCAGGGAGGCUAG